GUGUGUGUGUGUGUCAGCUUGUUUCGCCUCCCGGUAGAGAAAAGCAGGAAGCGCCCCUGAGCCCUCCGUUGCUAGCGCGAGCUCUGCCCACCUGAUCUGCCCCCCUCUCGCGCUCCUGUGCGCGUGGCUAUCCUCCUAGACGGGACCGUGACACUCGGUGGAAACGGAACCGUAGUCUAGUCUGUCCGCGAGAAGUUUUAGUAGUUUAGAAACUGUGGCCACCGCCAGCUGUGGCUUCCGGGCUACGGCUCAGUCUCGAGCUCCUACCGAGAGAGCAGCACGAGAGCAGUAAACAACUUGGACUUACUUCCGCAUACGAGGACCCGUGGAGAGCAGCACGAGAGAUGACUCUUUGAGGCUUCAGAAUGGAGGCAACAACAAGCAGGCCAUAGAGGACACAGGUCCGUAUGGUUGCCGGGCACCGAGCUGAUGCCAGCCGCCAUGACGGAGAUGCUGGACUGGUGGGAGGGGCCAGGACAGGAAGGGGAGGGGCCAGUCACAGUGGACUUCCUGUUGCCAACCGGCCUCUAUAUCCAGAUGGACGUACCCAGAGAAGCCACCAUACAGCACAUCAAGCUGCUGCUAUGGAAGGCUGCUGCUGGGUACCCGUUGUUCGGCUCGCUGGGCGCGAUGGAGGCGUGUGUGUUCUGGUGUGUGUCGGCGUCGGCGGUGCACGAGGAGCUGGACGACGAGAGCCGACGGCUGUGUGAUGUCAGACCCUUCCUGCCCAUGCUCCGCCUCCUGCGGCGAUCCUGCGAGGACACGCAGCGCGCACUCGCCUCCAAGAUAGGAACGCUCAUCGGGAAAGGUCUUCAGGAGCUGGAUUCGCUAGAGGACCAGGAAGUGAAGGAGUUCCGCCAGAAGAUGCAGCGAAUCACAGAAGAGAACCUGCAGCGCCUCCAGAUGAUGUCACUGGGGGAGUGGCUUAGCCGCAGCUACAGCACCCAGCUGGACCUGGCGCCUACUGAUGAUGUCAUCAACACGCGCCUCACAGAGGGAGGCAUUAAGGUCACCAUCCACUACGACCAGUCACAGGACACGGCGAGUGUGCGUGUGUGUGCGACUUCUACCGUGGAGCAGCUGAUAGGCCACGCCCUCAAGAAGUGGAGCUCCACCCACCUGACGCAGUGCUGUCAUGACGACUACCUGCUCCGCCUCUCACACAAGAUGGAGUUCCUUAGCAGCAAACACACACUCAUACAACACAGGUACAUCCGUGCGAGUGUGUUAUCUCAGGAGACUCCUCAUCUGACGCUGGUGCACGUGGGCGUGGCUAAAAGCAUGUUCGAGAAGGAGCUGAAUUCUAUUGGCCAAGCCCUCACACAGAGACCCGCCCACCCGCCCCUCCCACUCAAGAAGAGAGCAACAUCACAGGUGCAGACGUGUGUGUGGGAUGUCCAGUGUCCGUUCAAGGUCAUCCUGGUGAGAGGCAUCAAGGUCAACGCUGACGAGACGGCCAAGGUGCAGGUGCGUGCGGGCCUGUUCCACGGCGGGGAGGUGCUGUGUGUUCCGGCCGCCAGCGAGGAGGUGUCGGGCCGCGCGGAACACGUGUGGCGGCACACACUCGAGUUCGACAUGUGUGUGUGUGACCUGCCGCGCAUGGCGCGCCUGUGUGUGGCGCUCUACGCCGUCUCACACAAGAAGACCAAGAGCAGGAGCACCAAGCACACACACAAGUACCAGACCAUACGCAAGGCCGGGAAAGUGCACUACCCGAUUGCCUGGGUUAAUACGAUGGUGUUUGACUAUAAAGGCCACUUGAAGACGGGAGACAUCCUACUACACUGCUGGUCGUCAUUCCCAGAUGAGUUGGAGGAGAUGUUGAAUCCUAUUGGUACAGUGCAGACCAAUCCCUAUCCAGAGAACGCCACCACGCUCCACAUCCAGAUACCGGACUACAGCGCCCAGCCUGUGGUCUUCCCACCCUUUGAUAAGAUUUUGGAGAAAGCAGCUGAAGUAGCGAAAGGCACCGACGCUCCCAUGACGGGUCGCGGUGGUAAGAAGUUCCAUAUUGAGUUGAAGGAGAUUAUGGAGAGGGAGCCGCUGUCUCAGCUGUGUGAGAACGAGAAGGAUCUGAUAUGGACCCUGCGAUACGACUGCAGAGAAAACUUCCCUCAGAGUCUCCCAAAGCUCCUGCUGUCUGUCAAGUGGAACAAGCAUGAAGACAUGGCCCAGCUCCAGGCACUGCUGCAGAUUUGGCCUCAGCUGAGUCCUCGAGACGCUCUGGAGCUGCUGGACUUCAACUACCCCGACCAAUACGUACGCGAAUACGCCGUCACCUGCCUACGCAACAUGAGUGAUGAGGAGUUGAGUGGGUAUCUUCUGCAGCUGGUGCAGGUGUUGCGCUACGAGCCGUAUUUCGACUGCGCUCUGACACGCUUCCUCCUGGAGCGCGCUCACAACAACCGCGGCAUCGGACACUUCCUCUUCUGGCAUUUAAGGUCUGAGAUCCACAUGCCGGCUGUGAGUAUCCAGUUUGCUCUGAUCCUGGAGGCCUACUGCCGAGGAAGCAUCCCUCACAUAGAGGUCUUAAAGAAACAGGUGGAUGCUCUGCAUAAGUUGGCCGCUGUGAACAGCCUGGUGAAGACGGGUGGUGCAGCGCCGCGAGUGAAAGCCAGGGGGCGCGACAACCAGCUGAGAGAGGCAAUGCUCACCUGCCUACGCCAGAGCGGAUUCGCCGAGACACUCGCGGACAUACACAGCCCCCUCGACCCAAACAUACUGUUAUCGGCCGUCAAUGUUGAGAAGUGUAAGUAUAUGGACUCCAAGAUGAAGCCUCUCUGGAUCGUCUACAACAACAAGCUACUCGGAGGACACACACUCGGAAUCAUCUACAAGAACGGAGACGAUUUGAGACAGGACAUGUUGACUCUUCAGAUCCUGAAGUUGAUGGACAUGCUGUGGAAAGAGGCCAACCUGGACCUGAGGAUCCUGCCGUACGGUUGCCUGGCGACGGGCGAUCGCUCCGGCCUGAUUGAGGUGGUGGUCGCUGCGGAUACGAUCGCAAACAUUCAGAAGACCUCGAGCAACAUGACGGCGACCGCAGCCUUCAACAAGGACGCCCUGCUGAACUGGCUCAAAGACAAGAACACACAGGGUGAGUGUCUAGAGCGUGCUAUUGAGGAGUUCACCUUGUCGUGUGCUGGCUACUGCGUCGCUACGUACGUCCUGGGCAUCGGAGAUCGCCAUAGCGACAAUAUCAUGGUGCGCAGCAACGGACAGCUGUUCCAUAUAGACUUUGGCCACAUCUUGGGGAACUUCAAGUCCAAGUUCGGCAUCAAGCGCGAGCGCGUCCCCUUCAUCCUGACUCACGACUUCAUCCACGUGAUACAGCAGGGCAAGCCCACCAACACACAGAAGUUUGGCAGUUUCAGGCAGUAUUGUGAGGAUGCCUACUUGGUGUUGCGGCGUAACGGGAAUCUGAUCAUCACGCUCUUCGCCCUCAUGCUCACCGCUGGACUACCGGAACUCACCUCAGUUAAAGAUAUACAAUACCUUAAGGACUCCUUGGCUCUGGGGAAGACUGAAGACGAGGCCUUGAAACAGUUCCGUCAGAAGUUUGAUGAGGCGCUGAGGGAGAGCUGGACCACUAAAGUCAACUGGAUGGCACAUCACCUGGCACACGCAUCAUAACACACACAUCAUAGCACACACACACACUUGGCCCACGUCUCUUGCACACAUUAUACACACACACGCUCAAGCAUCCUAAUACACACACACACACACACACGUCUUACUACAACCCACACACACCACUUGGCCCAGGCAUAACACACCACCUCACAUACAACUCCUAACACACUACCUCGCUAGAAACAAACACACACGCACACACACACACACACACACACACACACACACACACACACACACACACACACACACACACACACACAUACACACACACACACAUACACACACACACACACACACACACACACACACACACACAGCACCUGGCCCACGCCGCUUAAUAGACACAGAUACACACACACACACACACACACACACACACACACACACACACACACACACACACACACACACACACACACACACACACACACACACACACACAUUCCUAUCGGAGGGCUGGGCCUGAAGGACUCUUCAUGAGAUGAACCAAUCAGGCCUUGAGCUGCCCAGAGUAACCAAUUAGAGUAGAGAGCAGCUGUACCUGAGAAGACCCGCCUACUUCCUGCUUUUAGAAGACCCGCCUACUUCCUGAUAUAGGCCACGCCUACUUCCUGUUCUGGCUUCUUGUGUUUUGUUGACACUGAACGUGCGGGCGGGCAAAGGAAAGGGGGGCGGAGUCAGACA